AAUUAGCACAAGCAUGAAUCAGGAGAGAAAAACCUUUAAUAUCUCUUCAAGCACGGAUUCUUCUCCAUCAGAUCAAGGAGAGUCCCUGACCAAGGAUAAGAAAUGGCAGCUUGUUUUCCUGAUGAUCCUGCAUGUUUCUGGAGCCUUAUUUGGACUCUCUUUGCCAUUUUUAGAGCUAAUUCCCAAAAUGGAAUGACAAAUAGGCCCAGCUUGGAAAACUUGAACCAAAGAUGAGGUGUGUACCCAGAAUUUAGACUAUAGAGUUGACUGGGACUCUAAGUAUUCUAUUGUCAACCUCAUUACUCAAGUUGGCCUUCUAUGCACAGAAGAUUAUAAGAUUGGGCUUAUUGGAUCCUUAGUUUUCCUGGGGUUCAUUGUCAGUUCAGUGACCAUAAUGCCUCUGGCUGACAUUUUUGGACGCAAGCCUGUGUUACUGGCGACCUCUAUAAUCUCAACAACACUAGCUGCUUUUACAGUGUUUGCAAGUAAUUUAUUUCAAGUAUACAUUUUUGUGUUCUUAAUUGGUUGUACAAUUCUUGUCAGAGGAACUGUUUCGUAUAUCUAUAUCAUGGAAACUGUUCCUAAAAACCUUGAAGCGAAGUUUAUCCCGGUUCUGACCAUCAUUGAAAAACUAGUUAUAUGAAGUAUCCCGAUAAUCUUCUACAUGAGUCAGGACUGGACUUACAUUUUCGUGAUUUAUUGUACAGUUUCUUAUGGUAGUAUUAUCUACAUUUGCUUUAUACCUGAAUCUCAGAAGUUCUUGGAUCACAGGAAGAACAAAGAGGAUGUUGGAGAGACCCAAUCUAGAAAUGGUGACACAGAAAUCCAAGAUACACAGGAGAAGCAAGGCUUCUGUGAUAUGAUCAAGCAGUGGAGCAACCUGCUAAACCUCUUUAUCAUGAUUUGUUGUUGGUCAUUUACUAGCUCAAGUUAUUACUUGGUAUCGUUCUACAUUAAGUACUUCAAAGGAUCAGUAUAUAUUAACAGUCUCUUGUUUGGAGUAGCUGGACUUGUAGGAACAAUAUUAUUCGGAAUAUUAAUUAGAGUAAUUUCAAGUAAAAAGCUGUUCAUUCUUGCAUUCAUGCUCACCUUUGUAGGAAGCAUUGGGUUUACUCUAACUAAAAACAAUGGAUCGCUUGUACCUAUAUGGAUCUUAUGAAUGGUAACAAGCUUAUCAAUCCAAUUUUCCUUAUGCUACUUUGUCAACUGAGAACUCUUCAAGCCAUCGUUCCGGACAAGGAUUUUCUCGAUCUGUAACAUCUGUGCACGGCUAUUCACAAUGGUUUCUCCAAUGCUGGUUGAGCUAAUGGAGAACCCUAUAAUCCUAAUGUCUGUCUGGGCUAUUGGAAUGAUAUUGUUAGCUACGAGAAUAACCAUUCCAAAAUCUGAAUAAGAGC